AUGCCCCGAUACGCCAAAGACCAGCCCACCGGCUUCCGAAACGUCAUCGAGCGAGUCGCCAUUGUCGGGGCCGGAGGCACCGUUGGAUCUCACCUUGCUGCAGCACUCCUCAAGACCGGAAAACACACAGUCACAGCCAUAUCUCGCAAAGACAGCUCCAACAAACUCCCCGCGGGCGUCCAAGUCGCCGCAGUCAACUACGACGACGAGUCUACGAUUGUUGCCGCUCUCGAGCACCAACAAUUCCUCAUCAUAACCAUGUCACCUACCGCUAGCCGAGAUACCCACAGCAAGCUUGUCCAGGCGGCCGCCAAAGCUGGUGUUCCCUACGUGAUGCCGAACGAAUACGCCGGGGACAUUGAGAACGUGAAGCUCGGUGAGGAUAUACUAUUGGGUCCUACAGCCAUCGCCAACAGAGAGGAGAUCGAGAAGCUCGGCAUGCAAUGGGUUACCGUGUGCUGUGGGUUCUGGUACGAUUAUAGCUUGGCGGGCGGCGAAGCACGAUUCGGAUUCGACUUUGACAAGCGUUCUUUGACGAUCUACGAUGAUGGCAACACCAAGAACACGACGUCAACGUUAUCGCAGGUCGGGCGCGCAGUGGCCAAGGCACUGAGUCUCAAGGAGCUUCCGGAGGACGAAAAUGACAAGAGCCUGACACUGUCGACGUUCCUUAACAAGGGCGUGUACAUCAAGAGCUUUGUGGUCAGUCAAAACGAAAUUUUCGAGAGUGUCAAGCGUGUUACCGGGACUACGGACGCCGACUGGACAAUUACGCACGAGGCCACGAAGCAGCGAUACGAGGAUGGAUUGGCGCUGGUUAAAGGUGGCAACAUGGCUGGUUUUGCUAAAUUGCUGUUCGCAAGAGCGUUUUAUCCGGAUGAGCCGAGCGAAUUUUCGGCGAAGGCGCUGAAUGGGAUCCUUGGAUUGCCGGAAGAGAACCUAGAUGAGUCGACAAAGGUCGGGAUAGAUAUGGUGAAGGAGCUGCAGAGCCGUGCUGAGCGUAUGGCUUCCUGA